AUGUGCAUGGAUCCCCUCACGCGCAAGUCCUCUCCACCCCCGCAAUCCCUCACCGCCCGCCGAAUCCUCGUCAGAAAACGACGCCAGAACCAACCAGCACCGCCAGCGGCAGCCGCAGCUGUACCAGCCGCCACUACCGCCGCUGCAGGCGGCUCUGCAGACGCGGCAGUCCCCGCUGCUGUUUCCGCCGCGCGCCUUGCAGCAGACGAUACCGCGCAGCCAUCGCCCGCCGGGCUCCUGGGGGCGCGGGGUGAGGAUGGCGCGGCGUGGGACGUGGCGGCGGGGGCGGAGCGGAGAGAGCGCAGCGCGGCGGAACAGCGGUCGGAGCUGUGCCAGUCGCGCGGAAAGAGUGGCGGAAGGAGCGAUGAUUGGAGCGCGGACGCUGUCCGACAAGACGCGGGGCCGGCGCAGGUUUCGCGAGGCGAGAACGAGGGCGCGGGGCGGAAGCGGAAGAGUAUACACCAGUCGAAUCCGACUUCAGCGGCUGUUUGGGAUGACUCAGCGUGUCUGACGUCAGCAACUCCACCACCACCAGCAGCAACAACGUUUUUUCCGCCGGCCGCUCUUGCAUGUCCUCCGCACCCGUUCCCCCCUCACCGUUCCCCCCUUCACCGCUACUCCCCCCACCCCUCCCCGCUCCACCAACCGCCCUCCGCUCCGCGUCCGUGCGCGGCCUGUGCCCCCGCCGCUGCCGCUUUCCGCACACUCAACGCUCCAUCCGCGCUUCCCUGCGCGUCCCUCUCGUUACACUCACCUCCGCAAGGUUCCCCCGAGCCCCCUUCAGUUCCCCCGAACCCCCGCGCGGAUGCAUCCUUCUCGUCCGCGGACUUGGCGCCGCCGCAGCGCCCUGGAGCUCUCCCCUGUGUUCCCGCUCUUCUUCCGCCUCCGCGCUUUGCGCCACCACUUGCGCCACCGCUUGCGCCGAUUCCGCCGUCCGCGGGAGGCAUGUUUGAGAACCAGCGCAUAUCGCCCCUGGCGCAUCACAUAGCGCAGCAAGUGCCGCAGCCCUUCCCCCAGACCCCCUUCCGCAGAUCGCCCACUCUCCCCUCGUCCUGGGACCUUCCCCCAUUCUCCAAGCGCCCGCGCGUUGCGGUGGGGUUGGGAGGGGGAACCGGGUGGGCGGAAGUUAAGGGGCGAGCGCAGGGGGAAGGGCAUGCGGAAGGCAUGUGCGCGGAAGACGAGGCGGAGAGGGAGGGAGAGGAUGGGAGUGCUCUGGGGGGACAGAAAGGAGGCACGUGGGGGGAGUGUGAUUUGGGGGAAGAGAGGGAGGGGGAAGUGGGAGCGGGGAGGGAGGUGCAAUUGGGAGGGCGAGGGGAGGGGGAAGGAGAGGAGGAGCAGAAAGAGCGUUGGAUGAAUCAGCACCUUAUUGGAAGAGUGGAGGAGGAGGAUGAGGAAGAGGAGGAGGAGGAGGGUGGGGAUGAUGACAAGUCCAUGGGUGACCCUCGGGAAUCUCCCAAGUUUGUCCUCUCCUCUGGCCGAUCGCUCUCCUCAGAUUGUCUGAUUCGAGCAGGCAAGCCCUUGACCAUUGAUGGCGAGUUUGAGCAAUUCUUCUCGCAGCUCCUCCUUUGA